UUCCUCUUGCUAAAAAAAUAUCUCUCUGACGAGGAGAUUUUUUUUUUUACUAAAUAAAGUAAAUAAAAAACCGAGAUAUAUAGAGGGAGAGCGCGCGAGCGCCUCUUAGAUCGAUCCGUUCUCCUCCCAUUCUCCUCGUCUCUGGGCUCUUUAGGGUUUCGAUUUCCUCUUGUUUUCUUCUUCUUUUCUUGGAUGUUCUUCUUCUUCGUCUCUUUUGCUCUUGCUCUCUAGGAAUUGGGACUGGGAUAGAGAAUUGGAUUUGGAUUUGGUUUCGGGGAUCUGUAGUUGCGGGUGGGGAGAGAGGGGAGGGAUGAAGUCGUCGCUGAGGAAGCUGCGGGGGUUCGCGCUCCACAGGCACGACUCCAAGGAGAAGAGGGACCACCACCCCCCGGCGCACCAGGACGAGCUCCUGCGGGCCUCUCAGGACAUGUCUGACAUGAGGAAUGGCUAUGAUAAUUUACUUUCUGCUGCGGCUGCCACUGCAAAUAGUGCACAUGAGUUCUCAGAAGCCUUGAGGGAAAUGGGCACUUGUCUGCUUGAACAAACUGCAUUAAAUGAUGAUGAAGAAAGUGGUCGUGUUUUAUUACUGCUGGGAAAAGUGCAGUUUGAACUUCAGAAACUUGUGGAUAGCUAUCGUGUGCAUAUUAUUAAGACCAUCACAACACCAUCAGAGUCUCUUCUCAAGGAACUUCAAACGGUAGAGGAGAUGAAAUGCCAGUGUGACGAUAAAAGAGAUUUGUAUAAGUUCAUGCUAGCAGCACAAAGAGAAAAAGGAAGGUCAAAAAAUGCCAAAGGUGAAAGUUUUUCUCCACAGCAGUUGCAAGCAGCUCAAGAAGAUUAUCAAGAAGAGGCAACCCUUUUUGUUUUUCGCUUAAAAUCAUUAAAGCAAGGGCAAUCCCGAAGUCUUUUGACACAGGCUGCCCGUCACCAUGCUGCACAGUUAAAUUUCUUUAGGAAAGGAGUAAAGUCUCUUGAGGUGGUUGAGCCACAUGUCAAAGCAAUAGCCGAACAACAGCAUAUUGAUUAUCAGUUCAGUGGACUUGAGGAUGACAUAGAGGAUGACGACGACGACGAUGACGAUGAUGAUGAUGGGGAUGAAAAUAGUUACGAUGGCAAUGAAUAUAGGGAGUUGAGUUUUGACUAUGGACAAAAUAAUCAUGGUCAAGGUCAUGUUUCUGUAUUUAGAAACUCAAUGGAGUUAGAUAAACUGGACCAAACAAAUGCCCCAACAUCAACCACUGAGACUGCACAGGAAAAUGUAGACCACAGCCAAGCAGAAACUCCAUUCAAUAGGGGGCCUAGGGUUGUUAGCUUAUCGGCACCACUUUUAGCUGAUAAAAAGUUCGAACCCUCAGAAAGGAUAAAACAAAUGCAGCCUUCAUCAACAAGGAAAUUUCAUACUUAUGUUCUGCCUACACCAACCAAUGUGAAAAGCUCAGAUUUAACAGGGUCUGGUACUUCUGUUUCUGCACCUCCACUGGAAAGAAAGGUUGGCGGGCCGACACAGUUGUGGCAUUCGUCACCAUUGCAGCCAAACAUGCUUGUGAAAGAAUUCAGGGAUGAUGAACUGUCAAGCCCUACCAGAUUGCCUAAAGAACAGUUGGUACUUCAAGAAAGCAGCGCUAAUAGCGGCCCUAUCAGAAUGCACCCUCCUUUGAAUGAAGGGCUAUCUUUGCCACAGGUAAAUCUACUCAAUGCUUUGGACUCUAAAAAGAUAAAGAGACAAGCUUACUCGGGUCCAUUGACGAGUCAAGCAUGGCCAGGCAAGCCCACAUGUUCAGCAACUUCCAUGUCGUCAGUGGAUUAUCAUCUUGCAGCUUCUGCAAGGCCAGCACAUAUUCCCAUGCCUCAGCCAUCGACAUCACAAAACAUGUCCCGUAGUGCCUCACCACCUAUAGCAUCACCAAGAAUUAAUGAGCUUCACGAGCUUCCAAGACCUCCAAACAGUUCAGUGAAAUCUACAAGCCCGUCUGGUUUAAUUGGUCAUUCAGCUCCUUUGGUGUGCAGAGGUCAAGAGCCUACAACAUGCAAAAUUCCACUAAAUGCAUCACUUACAGCAUCACCACUACCAACGCCACCUGGGGUUAUGGCUCGUAGUUUUUCUAUACCAUCCAGUAGUCAAGGAACACCAACACCAACAGUUGCUAAGAUGUUGGAGGCUCCUCAAAAUCAGAGCAGAACUACAGAUGUAUCUUCACCUCCUCUGAGACCAAUAUCUUUGAUGAACAUAGAGUCCACAUCAACAAUUUCAGAAUCAGCAGCUGAGGCCACAAAAGCAAAGAGUGGCAUAUGCAGAAGGUGUUAGAUUGAGACAAAUCCCUCGAAAAACAUUCCCACUUUUCCAAAGAUUUUGUUACCAUUAUAAUGUAUGUUGGAAACACUUGCCCAUCCAAGAAUGGUUUUGAAGAAUCUAAGAAUGAAAGAGGAUUAAAAGUCAUGUUUGGACCACUAAUGUCCAGCUGGAUAAUGUAGAGUAUUCAUGGGCUCAAGUAUAAAUAAAAUGAGAAAUAUCCAGCGGGCCUCUACUUAUUCAGAGGCUUUUUCUUGUUGCCUCAGGUAUAAGCUAAUGAUUGUUUCAGUUUCAACGUUAACCAGACUUGUUAAGGUCCAGUAACAGGUUGGCCAAGAAAAAUUUAUUGCAUCCUUGAAGUAAAACUUAAUUGUUUGCAUCAAACUGGAUAAACUCAAUUUUAAAGUGGUCAGCAUGUGGAUUCCUCUUUCUUGUUUGUAUCUUGCUUGAGAAAUCUGAAUCCAUGUGCUUCUGCAUCAGCAUAUGCCCAGGAGAUUGAUAUAUUAACAGAUGUUGUAUCUGGUUGAGAUAACCAAACCAAUUAUUCUGUUGCUCAGUAUCAUUGGAUUGUUUCAUAUAAUUAACAUUGGUAUCUUCCUGGGGAUUGGACCAUUUGUUUGGUAUGGUGCAUGACCACAAUGUAAACUUAUUUGCAAGGUUCUACAGACAGCAGCAGUAUGCAAGCAUCCUAGGUACCACAUUAGCAUUUAGGUGAUAUAUGUGUAACUAGGUGACUACUUUAGUGGAAGAGGAGGUAGAGAAGAGAAAAACUUGGAGGGCAAGGAGGAUGUGGAAGAAUAGGUUGACAUCACAGGGAGAUAUGAGGUAAGAUACAGCACCUGACACCCAUAUCUUUGCCCAGGCUUCAUAUAUGGGCUGCCUAGGCUGAUGCAGGUGCCUGGGCAAUCAUUUUGUGGUCCGAUCAUAUGUCUGUCACUGGGCCUUACUGCAGGGUGAUGUGACCACAUCCACUGCCUUCUCGGAUGGGUGUCUUCCUGAAACCUGCUCAAUUGGAUCAUCAAGUUAGACAAAAUAACUUCCCAUAACACUUAAAAAUGGUAUGAAUUCUGUUUUUAUGUGUGAACUGUAAAAUGCUUCCUUGCUAAUCAUUGCAGAAAGAAGGUUUUUCUAAAUAAAAAUCAUAGAUGUUAGGACUUUGAGAGGGUGGAUUUGCUCUAAUGAUAAAGUUGUUCCAUUGUGACCUGGAUGUCACUUGUUUGAAAUACAGAAAGUCUCUCUGCAUGCAGGGUUAAGGCUACCUAUAUCUGACCCUCCACCAAGACUGCAUAGUGGUGGGAAACUUGUGCAUUGGGAUGCCUAGUUUCUAAGAUGGCAGGACUUUAAUUCAUCUUAUAAGUUCAGUGGAAUAAUAAUUUUCAUUUUAGUAUUUUCAGUUGAUAUGUCAUUUCAUUUUGUUGAUAGGAUGUUGACUCAAUUAAUAUGCAGCCAAAUCUUAAAACUGUUUCUCUAGUCGUGGAUCUGAAAGUUAGACCAAAUUCUCAAACCAGGAUACGUAAGAGUCUUGCAGAACUAUGAAUUCAACUGAAGGUGUAGUUUAUGGAUAUAUUUUAAUAAAUCAGAACCGUCUCAGAUCCAAUCAUAAGACAUGAAGUUUGUUGAGUCUUAGGUCCAAUCUUCAAUUAGGUAGGCUAACACUCAGGCAAUGCUAGGCAUAUCCUUAUUGUAUGAAAGGUAAUAUGAGAAGGAAGAGUUAGCUUUUUCACUCGGUGAGCAAAAUUGAUCAAUAUCUAACUCUUAAUAUAUAUCUGGCAGCCAAACUUAAAACUCUUGUGAUUGUUUGAAUUGGGUCUAGAUCCCAAUCUCACAGUAUUGUUGUAUCUGGUCGAUUGUGUCAGACCUUCACAUACUUGAUUGAAGGUCUGGUUCUCUCCCAGUUCACUAUUUUCUUGAACUUCUAAAAGAUACUAAUUGGUUUAGUAGGAUCAGAAAAUUUGAGCCCAUAUUGUAUGUAAUGCAAAAAUUAUAACCCAUGUUUCAAAUAUUCACUGAAUUCUUGAAGGAAGUCAAUAAUAGAAAUUUUUGUAUAUCUGGAGAUUUAUGGACAUGUAGUACAUGUGGAGAGAUGAAUUACUAAAGAAAAGACAGACAUACCAUUCUUUUCAAGGCAAAACUAUCAAUUUUUGACUUAUGCGUUAACUAUUAACUAUUAGUAACUAUUUAUGGAAUAUCAGUUAUUAGUGGGCUUACUGUUCUAUCUGAUUGCCACCUAUGUAUCC